CAAAGGCACUUAAAGCCGCAUUCUGAUUCGUGGGCUCGUUUAGAGUCACGUUUUCUUCGUUCAUUUUAGCCAUACAAAGUACGGGGCUGUCAUCGAGCCUACGAGUAGUGUCAAGUGCACGCGGCCUCCAUGUUGGCGCAAGGGACAAAUCUGUCUGCCUGAUCAACGUACAGUAUUGCGAUUUUUUUAUUUAAAACGCCUUGCAUUGCGCUUCGUGUGAUGCCAAUUGGCACCUCUCCAUCACACUCGUAAUCAUGGCUAUCUUCACUAUUCCCAAGGUUGCCAUCACCCUGAUCGCGCUAUACAUCGCCCGCCGUGUGUACUGGGAGGCCACAACUGGAGCUCGCCGCCGUUCGAUAGCAAAGCAAAAUGGAUGUCUUCCACCCAGGAAAGUCCCUCUCAGGGACCCGAUAUUUGGCCUGGAUCUUCUCUACAGCAACAUCAAAGCCCACAGUGACAAUCGAUUACUCGAAGCGUGGAGUGAUCGGCUGAAAUCGCAGGAGAGACACACCGUUGUCAUGCCCAUCCUGGGCAAUAACAUCUACCUCACCGACGACCCGGAGAAUAUCAAAUCGAUGCUGGCGACGAAUUUCAACUCCUGGAGUCUCGGAAGAGAACGCAUCAAGAUGAUGGCUUCGUUCCUCGGGUACGGCAUCUUCUGCACAGAGGGAGCGGCAUGGAAGCAUUCAAGAGAUAUGUUGAGACCGUGUUUCGAGCGCUCGCAGGUUGCAGAUGUAGACAUGAUGGAGAAACAUGUCAAGUGCCUGAUCGAUCAAAUCCCCGACGACGGCAAGACAAUCGAUCUGCAACCGCUCUUCCACCACCUCAGCAUGGACAUCGCGACGGAAUUCCUCUUCGGCCGGAGCACCAACGCGCAGGACCCAAACCUGAGAGACGAAGACGUCGAACACUUCGUCGAAGCGAUAGAAUACUGCUCCGACCCCUUCUCCAACGACAACAUCAAGCGAUGGGGCUUCAUCGGCGCCUUCCUCCCAGACCCCAAGCACGCAAAAUGCGCAAAAGUGCUCCGCGACUUCGCCGACAAAUACCUCGACGCCGAAAUCGCCUCGCGCUCCACCUCCACCACCACCACUCCCCCAAAAGACCGCUACUCAUUCCUCGACACCCUCCUCUCCGCAACCCAAGACCGCACGACCAUCCGCUCCGAGCUCCUCAACAUUCUCCUCGCCGGACGCGACACGACCGCCUCCCUCCUCUCAAAUCUCUUCUUCGAACUCACGCGGCACCCCUCCAAACUCGCCCGCCUCCGCCACGAAAUCUCCACCCACAUCGGGUCCUCCCAACCAACCUACGACACCCUCAAACAACUCAAAUACCUCCGUGCCAUCAUCAACGAAACCCAACGCCUGUACCCCGUCGUCCCCUCCAACUCGCGCGAAACCCUCAUCGACACCGUCCUCCCCCGUGGCGGCGGGCCUACGGGCGCUUCCCCCAUCCUCAUCCCCAAAGGCUCGUUCGUGGCAUACCAUUCCUACUCCCUGCAACGCCGCAAGGACAUCUACGGCGAGGAUGCGGAGGAGUUCGUGCCGGAGAGGUGGAUGCCGGAUGAGCAUUCCUCGGCGCCGUUGAGGCCGGGUUGGGCGUAUUUGGCGUUUAGUGGCGGGCCGAGGGUGUGUAUUGGACAGAACUUUGCGAUUACGGAGGCGGGGUAUGUGGUGGUGAGGUUGUUGCAGACUUUUGGGGAGGUGGAGAGUAGGGAUGAGGGGGUGUGGAGGGAGAAGUUGACGAUUACGUGUAUCGGGGCGGGUGGGUGUAAACUUGGGUUGAGGAGGGAGUUGGAGACGGAGGGAGAGGCGGUGGAGGAGAAGUCAUAGGAUUCAAUAGGCGGUUAGUCUAGGUAGAUUUGUUGUUAAAAGAAGGUUAGAUAUCAGAUGUCACACAACGUCACGUAAUACCCAACUCAAUUACA